AUGGUGAUCCUCGGUCUGGUCUUGGGAGGGGCCUUGGGAUUCCUAUUCUUGUGCGGCGUCCUGUUGAGGUGGAACGAUGUGAAGUAUAGGAGCGAAGGCCUGCCGCCGGGGACCAUGGGCUGGCCGGUGUUCGGGGAGACGACGGAGUUCCUCAAGCACGGGCCCAGCUUCAUGAAGAACCAGAGAGCUAGGUCUCUCUCUCCUCUCCCUCUCUCUCUUUCUUUCUGCUUUCUUCUUUUCGCAUCCCGAAUAUCGUUCUUCCUUCUUUGUCUCUCCUGGUUCGCCAGUACCCUGUAAAUUUGUUUCCAUGAAGCUCGAGUGGCUCUUCUCAACCUCUCUAUUAGUCUCUCUCUCUCUCUCUCUCUCUCUCUCUCUCUCUCUCGCUAACCAUCCCCGGCUCCUCUGUAGGCACGGAAAUCUGUUCAAGUCCCACAUACUGGGCUGCCCCACAGUCGUCUCCAUGGAUCCAGAGGUGAACAGGUUCAUCCUCAUGAACGAAGGAAAGGGCCUCGUUCCGGGGUACCCUCAGUCGAUGCUGGACAUUCUGGGGAGGUGGAACAUCGCCGCCGUCCACGGCGCCCUCCACAAGUCGAUGAGGGGGGUGCUACUCUCCCUCAUCGGCCCCACUGCGAUCAGAGAGGAGCUCCUCCCCAAGCUGGACUACUUCAUGCGGUCUCAUCUCUGCGGAUGGAGCGGCCAAACAGUUGAUAUUCAGGAGAGGACCAGAGAGGUCGAUGCUCACGAACAACUCCCCCUAUGUUUAGAGAAUGCGCCAUGAAACUUAACGAAUGGUUUGAUGGGUCUUCUUCAGAUAGCCUUUCUUACUUCUCUCAAGCUGAUCGCCGGGAUUGAGGCCGGCAAGAUCGCCGACAAGCUCAAGGAAGAGUUUUCCAUGGUCGUCCUCGGUACUCUGUCUCUUCCCAUCGAUCUCCCAGGCACAAACUACCGCCGGGCCUUCCAAGCAAGUCUCCCUCCCCGUACACGUGCUUGAUGACAGACCUUAUCUCUCUCUCUCUCUCUAUCAAUUUCUCUAUCUAUCUGUCUCUCUGUCCGUCUAAAUAUGUGUAUCUAUCUAUAUACAGUCAAGGAAGAAGAUAGUGAGCAUGCUCAGAGAGUUGGUGCGGGAAAGGAGACGUUCUUCCAGUACCGAGAGCAGAGAUAUGCUCAGCUCGCUCCUCCAAACUGAACCGAAGACGGGGCGUGAGCUUACAGACGAUCAGAUGAUCGAUCUACUGAUCACCAUCAUCUACUCCGGCUAUGAGACCGUCUCGACGACGUCGAUGAUGGUCCUCAAGUAUCUCCAUGAUCAUCCGAGAGCUCUUCAGGAAGUCAGGGUAAGAAGCCCGCUGGAUCCUCACUGGAAGUAUGUGAACCUAAUUUAGCUGUUAACCGUGGAUCGUUUUCCGUCGUCAGGAGGAGCACUUGGCGAUCAGGAGGAGGAAGUCAACGGGGGAGGCGAUCGACUGGGAGGAUUACAAGUCCAUGAACGUCACACGUGCGGUAAAAACGAGUCACACCCGUUCCUCGUUUUCGAUAUGAGAUCAGCGGUGAAAGCUUACUGAAGUUAGUUUGGUUGUGCUGGUUGUUGCAGGUGAUCUACGAGACCAUGAGAUUAGCGACGAUAGUUAAUGGAGUUCUGAGGAAGACGACUGAGGACUUGCAGAUAAAAGGGUUUACUAUUCCGAGAGGGUGGAAGAUCUACGUCUACACGAGGGAGACCAACUACGAUCCUUUUCAGUACCCAGAGCCUCUCCGCUUCAAUCCAUGGAGGUGGCAGGUCGGUGAAUUCCUUCUCCCACCCGGCCACAGAGCUCUGCGGCCUGGGUUGCCCCUAGACUGACCCAUAUUCUCUCCACCGCCAUCGCCAUGGCAGGAUAAGAGCUUGGAGUCGCACCAUUAUUUCACUCUGUUCGGCGGAGGGAGCAGGCUGUGUCCAGGGAAGGAGCUGGGAGUGGUGAAGAUUUCCAUAUUCCUUCACUACUUUCUGACGAGCUACAGGCGAGCCUUCUCCUCCUUCCCUGUUUCAAGCUCCCUGUUCUUCCUGUAAAUCUUACCCCCACCGCUUAAUUUCCUAUUGUGGUUCAGAUGGGAAGAAGUCGGUGGGGAAGAGAUACUGCAAUUUCCAAGAGUGGAAGCGGCGAAGGGUCUGCAUAUCCGGCUCCGGGACUACUAA